AAUUUUGGCGUCCUGUCAGCUUUCAUCGCGAACAUCGGAACGAAUGGGCAAAAAACCUCGAAGAAAAACGCCUCAGUCCGCAGGAAAAGCGAACAAUUUCUAGUUCAGUCGUGUUGUUGUGCAGCAUUUUUACAUGUUUUUGUAUCGCGUGCGUUAUCAGACGUCCGAUAAAAAGUGAUUGUGUGCGGGGCGGGCUGAUAUUACCAUUCGCUAAUAAUCGUCGUGGAGCGUUUGUCAGCUACGAGCGUCAUCGUCGUGCAGGGCAGGGUGCAGCAAAGAAGCGGUCCCCAUCAUCAUCAACGUAGUAAACAGCGUACUGACCCAGUCGCUGGAAAACCCCAUGGAAAUGGUGUCUCUGGGGCCGAAAAAGGAUGGAAAUCCUAAUGCCGAAUUCUUUACCGCGCCGGAAACACUGCAGAACUUCGAAACGGUGCGGCUGUGGUUGCAGAAACAUUUCAAGAAGUUUCUUGCACCAGAUCCACCGACAAAGGAAUCUUUGGCCCAUUUAAUUAUACAAUUCAUUCAGUAUCAGGAAGCGAAGCUUGGGAAAAACUCUCAAGAUCCACCAACAACGCGUUUACCGAUACGAUGCUUCAUGGAUUUCAAACCGGGCGGUGCCCUCUGCCACAUACUUUCCACUAUGUACCGCUACAAGGCGGAGCAGCGCUGGCGCAAGUUCGAUUUCACCGUCAACAAAAACCCGAUGCGCAAGGACCCGAUCGGGCAGAUGGUACUGGACAUCGAGACGGCACUGAUCGAGGCGGAAUGCAUGCGCCUGCCGAUCGUGUACAUCCGCCCGGAGGUGGACCGUGCGACGGCGAACAAAAUCACCGACAUCGUGACGAACCAUCAGGGCGAAAUAACGGCCGAUGAGGAGGAGGCCACGCACAUCAUCUAUCCGGUGAUUGAUCCGCUGCCGGAGGAUUACGCGCGGCCCACGUUCCGGCGCGAUAAGCACGUGAUGAUCCACUGGUACUACUUCCCGGAGUCGUACGACACUUGGGUGCCGAAUUCGUUCGACCUGCCCGACAACAUCCCGGAGAGUCCACCGUCGCCGGCCGAGCGCUGGCGCGUGUCCGCCUCGUGGGUGAUCGAUCUGGACGAGUACAACGAGUGGAUGUCGGAGGAGGACUACGAGGUGGACGAGGGGGGACGCAAGAAGGUGCACCCGCACCGGCUCGGCGUCGAGGAUUUGAUCUCGAGCGUGGCCGGCGGCGGUGGCGGUGGGGCCGGCUCGGAAGAUAAGGUAAAGAAAACGCCCAAGGUGGUCAACUCGAAGCGCAAACGGUCGCCCUCGCCGGCUGCCGGCAAGGGUGGCAAGCGGAAGAGCUACCGUUCGCCGGCCGCUUCGUCCGCUGCCUCCUCCUUCCAGAAGAAGCCGCGCGCGGACGACGAAGAGUCGGAGGAUCUCACUAAGGACAUGGAGGAUCCGGCGCCGGAAACGAACAUUACCGAGGUGAAGCCGAACAUGGGCAGCUCGAGCGCGUCGGGCCCGGCUACGCCGCAGCCCAAGCGCGACCCGGACAUGAUGCCGAUGAAGUACGCCACCGUGACCGAUCUGGACGACGAGAUGGGCAUGAAUGCGGGCGGCGCUGGUGGCAGUGGUGCGGGCGGUGGCGGUGGCAGCGGCGGAUCCGGAGCGGGCGUGGGCGGUGGCGACGACAGCCAGGCGGGCAAGACGAGCGACAGCAGCAACACGCAGGACUUCCCGACCGGCAGCAAGGACGAUCUGGAGGACAACGUGACGGAACAGACGCACCACAUCAUCGUGCCGUCCUACUCGGCCUGGUUCGACUACAACUCCAUCCACGUGGUGGAGAAGCGCGCCCUGCCCGAGUUCUUCAACGGGAAGAACAAGUCGAAGACGCCCGAAAUUUACAUGGCCUACCGGAACUUCAUGAUCGACACGUACCGGCUCAAUCCGACCGAGUAUCUGACCAGCACGGCCUGCCGCCGCAAUCUGGCCGGCGACGUGUGCGCGAUCAUGCGCGUGCACGCGUUUCUCGAGCAGUGGGGCCUGAUCAACUAUCAGAUCGAUGCCGAUUCCCGGCCGACGCCGAUGGGCCCACCGCCGACCUCCCACUUCCACGUGCUGAGCGACACGCCGUCCGGGCUGCAGCCGAUCAAUCCGCCCAAGACGGCACAACCGUCCGCGGCGAAGAACUUGCUCGACCUGGACAAGAAGGGGGCCGUGCUGGGCGAGAAGAAGGACGAGCUGGCACCGGGUGCGGUGGCGGGGGCGGCGGGCGCCAACGGUGGUGCCGCGCCACUGAUCGGCCCGGACGGUAUCAAGGUGGAGCAGGGUCUCGUGCCAACGGCCGACCCGAACGGCCAGUUCGGCCUGCGGUUGGACCAGUACGCGAAGAAACCGGCCGCGAUGCGCAACAAGACGGCGGCCAGCAUGACGCGCGAGUGGACGGAGCAGGAGACGCUGCUGCUGCUCGAGGGGCUGGAGAUGUACAAGGACGAUUGGAACAAGGUGUGCGAGCACGUCGGGUCGCGCACGCAGGACGAGUGCAUCCUGCACUUUCUGCGGCUGCCGAUCGAGGAUCCGUACCUGGAGGAUGACAACACGUUCCUCGGCCCGCUCUCGUACCAGCCGAUCCCGUUCAGCAAGGCGGGCAAUCCGAUCAUGUCGACCGUGGCGUUUUUGGCCUCGGUGGUCGACCCGCGUAUCGCGGCCAGCGCGGCCAAGGCGGCGAUGGAAGAGUUUGCCGCAAUCAAGGAUGAGGUGCCCGCUUCCAUGAUGGACGCACACCUGAAGAACGUGGAGAAAUCGAGCUUCGGUGGAAAGUUCGAUCCGAAUGCGGGGCUGGCAAGCAGCGGUAUUGCUGGCACGGGCGCCGAAAAGGACAAGGAGGACGAGUCGGCGGACGGCAAAACACCGGCAUGCGGUGGAGCGUCCUCGGCAACGUCCGCUGCUGCAGGUGGUUCCGGGGCAGCGGCCGCUGCGUCGACCCCUGCCACUCCGACCCCGCCUGCUGGCGACGUGGAGAUGAAGGAUGUUUCGAAGAAGGAUGAUGCCGCCGACAAAGAAAAAUCUUCCGAUGAGACAACCACUGCUACUAAAUCGCCUGAUUCCGAUGCUACUACAGCGACGCCAGCGGGCGAUGCAAACGCCGGCAAACCGCCAGGAGCGGCCAGCGACGCCCCGACCGCCUCCUCAGACGCCCAGAAGGAAAAGGAUGGCAAGGAUGGUAAAGAUGCUGGUACACCCUCGUCGACAGGCACGGAUGGCGCGGCAAAGGAGAACGGCGGCUCCACCGAUCCGAAGCUGUUCAACGAGGGCAAUCUGCAGGCGGCAGCAGCGGCUGCCCUUGCCGCUGCCGCAGUGAAGGCGAAGCAUCUGGCCGCGGUCGAGGAGCGCAAGAUCAAGAGCUUGGUAGCGCUGCUCGUCGAGACGCAGAUGAAAAAGCUCGAGAUAAAGUUGCGCCACUUCGAGGAGCUGGAGACGACGAUGGAGCGCGAACGGGAGGGGCUGGAGUACCAGCGGCAGCAGCUGAUACAGGAGCGCCAGCAGUUCCAUCUGGAGCAGCUGAAGGCGGCCGAGUUCCGGGCGCGCCAGCAAGCCCACCAGCGCUUCCAGAUGGAGCAGGGCCAAUGGCAGCAGCAGCAGGCACAAGCGCAAGCGCAGGCACAGGCCCAAGCGCAGGCACAGGCGCAAGCACAGCAACAGCAGCAGCAGCAGCAACAGCAGCCACCCCAUGGCCCGGCAGGGUCAGCGUCCGCCGCCUCCACCGUACCGGCGACCACCCACUCGAAUGUGCAUCCGUCGCAGCAGCAGCCACCGCAUCUGGCCGGCGCCACCACCAAUCCGGGAGCUAAUCCGCCAAAGCCGCCAUCUAUCGCUGGUGGCCCGGGGAUGGGCCCGGGAGCGCCUGGACCAGUUCAUGCAACCAACAGCCCGGUUCAGGUGGCAGCAGCAGCAGCAACAGCGGCACCAUCAGCACUGCCGGCGACAGCAUCCUUACCACCAUCGGCCAGCCAAGCACCGCCGGCCGGCAUGCCAGCGUCCAACGGUAUCCCCCCUCCUACUUCAUCCACCCCCAGCUCUACCCAGCCGCCCUCUACGAAUCCUACCGAUGGCAUUACGCCAAAUAGUAUAAUGCCCACGGGCGGACCGGCGGCACCAUCCGGGGCGUCCAUUCCGCCUCCCUCGCCACACAGCGACCCAGCGGCAGCGGCGGCCGGUGCAGUACCAGCACCUCCCGGAACCGUCGGAAUUCCCCCGUUGGGAGCGCCCCCCUCUGGCCCUGGAUCGCAUCAACCGUCGGCAGACCAGCAGCAGCAACCCCCGGCAGCGCCAGUGGCGGCACCGGCUCCUACCGAACCCCUGCCCCCAGCACCAGCAGCGCAAACGACGGGAGAAGGAGGAAUGCAACCGGUCACGGCAAUGGCGACCACCGCCACCAAUCCGUCUCCAUCGUCGGACGGGCCGGGAGAGCAGCCGGCAGCACCAGCGACGGCUCCGGACACGACACCGGCGGCGACCGGUGCAAGUGAACAGCAGCAGCAGCAGCAGCAGCAGCAUCAACAGGACAGUGGAGCUGCCGGUGAAGGGCCAGUCGGUGGUCCGCCAGCACCGCCACCAUCAUAACUCCGUAGGAACAUCCUCCACCGGAAGCGGCAGCAACAGCAGGAGGGAAACAGCCAGCCCGCGAUCAGCAGUCGUGCCGUGGUUGUGCGAGGUCGGGCGCGCGGUGGUGGCGGACGAGCGGCAAGCGAGGGGGCAGCAGCAUCACGGUCUGCCCGCCGGCGUGGCAGCUGAAGAGAAAAAGAGGAAGUAAGAGAGGGAGCGAGCGCAAGAAAGAAUUAUUAGAACACACAGACAUAAACACACACACACACAUACAGAUUGUGUACAGAAAAUGACUAAAAACACUGCGUUAGCAGCACAGACGAAAGGAAUGAAUCUUUUGAUUAGAGUUAGUUAGUUUGGGGCGUAAAAUGGGGGGAGGGGGAACUAGAUUGCUUGAUAAGUGUAUGUAGGAAAGCAUAAAUAGUGACGUUCACCUUAUCCCCCCAACUGUCCCUCUUUGUCUCACACGCACGCAUAGUUGGCACCUCGCUGCCAUAGCAACUUGUACUCUCCACGUAUCUCCUGUGAAUAUGUCUCUUCAGUGUGUGUGUAUGUGUGUGCAAGUGUUUCUAUUUGGAAUGCGAGGGUUGCAUAUGUGUCCCAAGCAAUGCCCAAGGGUGCAAGUGUGUGUGAGUGUGUGUGUGUGUUGGAAAAAAUGUAAUUAACGUCAACCAUAUGUGUACCGCGCGGAGUAUGUCGCCCGUGUCUCACACACGCACACAACCCCAAGAUCGAUUAGGACAACGUUUUUAUGCUGUGCGUUAAUGUUAGUUAAUUUAAACCCCAUGGCCCAGCACACCCGCCCCAUGUACGCAUAGCCGCCUUUGUUUUAGUGGUUCAAAGCACCCGUUUCUUUCGGCCCCACACCAACCACCCAACCAACAACACAACACACGCAAGCAGACGCGCAAUGCAUAAUUUCUUCUUGCGCGCUCUCGUCUUGUACGAUAUGCGUACGCUCGCGCCUCCCAUUGCGCGUGUUUUGUAUCGCGUUUCUUUUUUGUUUUGCUAUUCCUUUUACCACCAUGUCCAGAGUAAGCAUAGAUGUAAUAGUGACGAUAACUAUAUAUAUUUUUUUUAAUGUAUGACAAAACAGGAAGGGAAUAGCAGGUACGAAUAAUAAGCAACACAUUAUACUUCUAGUAGGUACCACGACACGUGGAACACAUGCAUCGUUUUUUUUUUUUUUUUUUGUCGCGGAAUUUUGAGUAGAAAAGGGAAAAGCAGUUUUAGAACAAGCAGACGACAGUGUUGUACACCAUUACUACUAUAAUAAUACACAGCUACUUCUCUACAACAGCCACAGCUUCGGUGGCCCUAGGUGCAUUAAGCGAAUUACGAAUAAGUGAAUAAUAAAUUUAAAUUCCCUCUAUCGGUAUAACAAAAA